AUGACACUGUACCACGAGGACCGCGAAAGUCUCCAAUGCCGUGAAUCCUUGGUCGCGUCUCGAAGCUCUCGGGACGAUGACGACUUUGGUUCGGGUCUGGCCCGGGAGCAAGAACUUGACGCUGUAGAGGACGCCGAAACAUUUCGACAAAGCCAGCUCGAGGUCUACAACAGUGAUGAAGAUGAUGACUGCUCGACAACGAUCACACUGUUUCACGCCGGAUAUAACAUGGCAUCCGUCCCAGUAUGCACUCAAGAGUACACUCGCCCUGCACUUGCCCAGAAUGCACACGCGAUAAGGGAAACUUUUGUGGAUCGACCAUUGGCCACAGCGUACGGCUGUUCGACCAGGCUACCUUCUACAGAUCAAAGCGCCUUGGAGAAGCAGCCAACCAUUGAGCCUAUAUUAGACCCUGAUUUGGUAACUUGGGAGGAGCAAGAUCCAGAUUUCCCUCACAAUUGGCCUGCUCACCGGAGAUGGAUCUCGACUAUCAUAAUAGCCAUGUAUGCAUUCAUAGCACCGAUGGCCUCCACGAUGGUGGCUCCAGCCCUCGGCACUAUCAGCGAUGAAUUCAAUCUUCAAACGAGCGUCGAUGAGUUUCUGGUAAUGUCGAUAUUCCUACUCGCCUUUGCAAUUGGACCAUUUCUGUGGGGUCCGCUGUCUGAAGUCUUUGGACGAGUUCGGGUGAUGCAAAGCGCCAAUAUGAUAUUCCUUCUCUUCAAUACCGUGUGCGGAUUCGCAAAGACAAAGGAGCAGAUGAUGGCAUUCAGGUUCUUAUCAGGUAUUGGCGGCAGUGCGGCCCAGGCAAUAGGAGGAGGCAUCCUCAGCGACUGCUUCAGGGCCGGAGAACGAGGCCUUGCAACUGCUAUCUACUCUUUGAUGCCUUUCCUAUCACCUGCUCUCGCUCCCAUCAUGGGAGGAUACAUGACUCAAUACAUCUCUUGGCGAUGGGUCUUCUGGACCACAAGUAUCUUCGACGGAGUUGUCCAGGUUGUCUCAUUCGUCCUUCUGAGAGAGACGCAUCAUCCGACCAUCCUCAAGAAGAAGGCCAUGGCAUUGAGGAAAAGCACAGGCAACUCUGACCUACACACCAAAUGGGAAGGCCCUGAUCAUUCCAUGAAGAAAAUCCUGAUGAAGAGUCUUGUCCGGCCUUUCAUAAUGCUCACCACACAGCCGGCACUCCAAGCCAUGUCACUUUUCCGCGGCUUCCAGUAUGGUAUCAUGUACCUGGUCUUCUCCACAAUUCCACGCGUCUUCGAGGGAUCGUAUGAUCAAGACGUCGGACGAGCUAGCUUGAACUAUCUCUCAUUGGGCAUUGGCUUCGUAAUCGGUCUCCAGAUAUCUGGUCGCAUGCAGGACAAGAUUUACAAGUGGUGCAAAGAGCACGCGGUCGAUCCAUCGUCCUUGAAGAAGACAAGACAGUACCUGAAAGUAUACCGUAAUGAAGACGCGGAGAACGAACAACAACGUGUUCUGCCGUUGGGAAGCGAUGAUCGUUCGCCUCGCUCGUCGCAGCACACCAUACCAAGGAAGCCAGUGCCACAGGAAGAGGCUUCUGUGCGUCGAAGAGGGUCGACCAGAUCGAAUUUUGAUCCGACGAGAGGCCUACCGGAGUACAGACUGCCUCUUGUGCUGCCAUUUUCUCUUCUACUCCCCAUCGGCCUCUUCCUCUAUGGAUGGACGGCUGAAUACAACGUUCAUUGGUUUGCACCAAAUUUGGGCUUGUGCAUCUUAUCGAUCGGACUCAUUGUUUGCUUCAACUGCGCACAGGGCUAUGUUGUGGACACUUAUACCACAUACGCAGCAUCUGCAACCGGCGCGGCAGCCUUCGUUCGUACCAUGGCCGGCUUCAGCUUUCCACUUUUCGCGCCUACGAUGUAUGACAAGUUUGGAGUGGGUUGGGGGAACAGUAUUCUGGCAUUUAUUGCCCUCACCCUUGGUAUGGCGGCGCCGGUGCUCUUGUGGAGAUAUGGUCAGUGGUUGAGGAGUAAGAGCACAUAUUGCGUUGGAUAG